AGCACUACCCUUCGUAUUCAUCAGAGAGUUCAUACGGGAGAAAAGCCUUAUAAAUGCAGUGAAUGUGGGAAAUCUUUUUCCCGGAGCACUCACCUUCGUUACCAUCAGGUAGUUCAUACAGGAGAAAAGCCUUAUAAAUGCAGUGAAUGUGGAAAAUCUUUUACUCAGAGCACUAAUCUUCGUUUUCAUCAGAGAGUUCAUACAGGAGAAAAUCCAUAUCAAUGCAGUGAAUGUGGAAAAUCUUUUACCACUAAAACCAUCCUUGAUCGACAUCAGAGAGUUCAUACGGGAGAAAAGCCUUAUAAAUGCACUGAAUGUGGGAAUUCUCUUAAAAGGAGCAGUGGUCUUCAGUAUCAUCAGAGAGUUCACACUGGAGAAAAGCCUUAUCAAUGCAGUGAAUGUGGGAAAUCUUUUACCUUUAAGUCUGGCCUUCAUCGUCAUCACACUGUUCAUACUGGAGAAAAGCCUUAUAAUUGCAGUGAAUGUGGGAAAUCUUUUACCCAGAGCAAUGCCCUUCGUUAUCAUCAGAGUGUUCAUACAGGAGAAAAACCUUAUAAAUGCAGUGAGUGUGGGAAAUCUUUUACCAGGAGCAUUGCCCUUCGUUGUCAUCGGAGAGUUCACACGGGAGAAAAGCCUUAUCAAUGCAAUGAAUGUGGGAAAUCUUUUACCUCUAAGAAGAACCUUCAUCAACAUCAGAGAGUUCACACUGGAGAAAAGCCUUAUACAUGCACUGAAUGUAGGAAAUCUUUUACCACUAAGACCGACCUUCAUCGUCAUCAGAGAAGCACUGCCCUUGAUCGACAUCAGAGAGUUCAUACGGGAGAAAAGCCUUAUAAAUGCACUGAAUGUGGGAAUUCUUUUAAAAGGAGCAGUGGUCUUCAGUAUCAUCAGAGAGUUCACACUGGAGAAAGCUAUUAA